UGCAGGAUACCCCACUGUGUCUGGAGGGUCUGUAAACAUGAAGCUGCUUAAGGUUCUCAUUGUUCUGCUGUUUGUGGUACUUGCAGAUGGUGUACAACCCAAAAGAUGUUUUAACAAUGUAUCAGGCUACUGCAGGAAGAAAUGCAAAUUAGGGGAGAUAGCGGAGGUGGGAUGUCUGCAUGCGAAAUACUGUUGCGUCAAUGAACUGGAAAACAAAAAGCACAAAGUCAUCCAGAAGCCAGACCAACCCCAAGAGAAGCCAGAAGGAAUCAAAGACUAUAUAGUCCUGCCCACCAUCACGUACUUCACGAUCACGAUCUGAACAAACCAUUUGUUCCUCAAGGCCGUUAUCCUCCAAAGCCCUGUGGAAUCCAGUGGGCUGCCUCA